AUGCAAUUGUCCAAGAUUGUGCUCGCUUCCGUCCUUGCUUCCCUGGCCACCGCGGCCGACGAGAUCGUCAACCAGAUCGGCGACGGCCAGGUCCAGGUCCAGACUGAUGAAACCGCUGCUGCGACGGCUCAAACAACUGCUGCUACCGCUGCUGCCACCGCCGCCACUGCCGCGGCUACUACCCAGGCCGCUGCUGAGACUCCAGCUACCUCGUCUGCAGCUGCCACCUCUGCCGCUGUUUCCGCUGCCUCCGCCGAGCAGGACACCACAGUCACCGCCCUGGCCACCGAAACCCUCACCACAUGUCCAGAGAGCUCUGCAGCUGCUCAAUCCACCCCAGUUGGUACUUCUGGCACUGCUGGCACUGCUGCCACCAGCUCCGAGGCAGACCAGACCCUGUACGUCCAGACCACCCUAACUACCACUGUCGAGGGCACUCAGACCGUUGUGACAACCUACUGUCCAUACUCUUCUACCCCAGCUGCCGUUUCUUCUGGAACCACCCCAGCUGCCACCUCUGUCACCGCCGCUACCACGUCCUCUGCCCCAGCAAAAAGCUCUUCGAAAGAUUCCUGGAACACAAUCUACACCUCUUCUUCUUCCGAGGACAUCACCUACGUGGACGAGACCACCACGCCAACUUCUACCGUGACAAACAACCACUACUCGACUACCAACGAGUACGUCACCACCACGUCCACCUAUGCUGGUGCAUCGUCCAAGGCUGCUGUUGCCUCGUCUUCUUCGCUGAGCUCGAACGGCACCUCCUCGAUCGAAAACUUCGAGGCAGGUGGUGCCAAGCUGAUGGUCAGCUCCGGAGCCAUUGGCAUUGCGGCCCUGGCAUUACUUUUUUAA